CAGAAUUACGUUCACUAGUGGGUGCUCUUCAAUACUAUUCCCGUUUUAUUCCUAAUUUUUCUUGUCGUGCAAAUUGUUUAUUUAAUAUUUUAACAUCAAAUUCAUUCAAAUGGAGUGAGGAACAAGAGUCAUGCUUACGAAGUCUGCUGAAGUUUCUUCAAAGUGAUGCUGUUCUUCGAACGUACUCCCCUAAUGUACAUUCUGUGCUUAUUACUGAUGCAUCACCUGUGGGAAUUGGUGCAGUUUUGGAACAGGAAGGUAGACCAGUUAUUUGUGUUUCACGCAAACUUACUGUUACUGAACAAGGUUAUUCACAGACUCAGCGAGAAGCAUUAGCUGUGUUUUGGGCUGUUAAAAGACUUCAUAAAUAUUUAUUCGGAAAGAAAUUCACUAUUGUUACUGAUCAUGAAGCUUUAAAGUUUAUUUAUCAUCCCGAAAAAUCCUUAGCACGUUCCUCAGCAGCUAUGGUUCAGCGAUGGAGUAUUGCUUUGAGUGCAUAUGACUAUACGGUUCAGCACAGAAGUGCCAAACAGAUUCAACAUGUUGAUUACAUUUCUCGACAGUCAUUACAAGAUAAACCUAUUAAUACUUCGGAUUGUUUGUUAGUGCAACCUUUACCAGUGAGACGUUCAGAUCUCAUUAGAGAAACUCGUAGAUAUUUUGGAUGUAUACUCAGUGCUAUAAGGAAAGGUUGGAAUGCUAAUUUGAAACGGAGAUUUCCUAUCUAUUUUUCAAAGCGGGAUGAGUUAUCUACUACUCCUGAUGGUAUUCUGUGUUUAAACGAUCGUGUUGUCAUUCCUCCUUCAUUGCGUAAAUCUGUUCUUGAAGAUCUUCAUAGUGGUCAUUUAGGUGUUGAGAAAAUGAAGUCCUUGGCAAGGCUCACAUGCUGGUGGCCAGAGAUAAAUGCAGAUAUAUGUCGUACGGCAAACAAUUGUGAGAAAUGUCAUCAGUUGAAAAAUCAUCCUUCGAAGUGGGUGCCAUGGCCAGUAUCGUCUGAGGCCUGGCAGAGGAUUCAUGCUGACUAUUGUGGACCAUUUCUUGGUAAAUACUACGCACUAGUAGUCAUUGAUUCUUUUUCAAAGUGGCCUGAAUUUUUUUUCACAACUUCACCAAAUUCUGAUUUCACAAUACAAGCAUUAAGAAAGGUGUUUAGUCGAGAAGGUGUUCCCUUGGUGUUGGUGACUGAUAAUGGCUCACAUUUUGCUGCAGAUGCAGUCACUACCUGGUUGAACGGUAUAGGGUGCAAACAUCUAUUUACUGCUCCCAGACAUCCGUGUUCUAAUGGUCAGGCAGAGAAUUUUGUUAGGACAUUAAAGACUGCUAUUGAUUCUAUAGCCCCCUCAACAUUUAAUGAGCUGGAGAGGGGAGUAGAUACCUUUCUAUUGCAAUAUAGAAAUGCCAAACAUUCGGUGACGAAGGAGACUCCAGCGAAGCUAUUGAAAGGAAGAAUUCUUCGGUCGAAUAUGAGAUGUCUGGAGUCUGCAGAGGUUACAUACUAUCGAGGAAAUGAUCUUCGACCAUCUACGGGUAUUGUUCUGAAGAAUGUCGGAAAAUCGAUGGUGCGAAUUCUAGACAUCGAUGACUUAAGUACACACAGUCGACAUGUAGAUCAAAUACAAUUUCAGGAACCAGGUGAGUCAGUUCCAAUUUCGAUUGUUAAUUCUAAUGCUAAUGAGCAUAUUCUAGAUAAUACAGAAUCCUUAUCCAAUACAAUGUCAGACAGACUCAGGAUGAAUUUGAGAAGAAGACGUACGAUUGAUUACAAACACCUAGACUCCAAUUUAAGCUGUGGCGGAUGUGGUGUUUGAAUGAACCAAUGAUACCUUUGUACUGGUUGAAUGUUUGAUUUCGAAUUCUAAAUACAGUACAUUCGUUGUGCCUGUGUCUUCUUAAUUCAAUUGCGUUAAUCCUGGAAUUCCUAAUUCAU